AGAUGCAUAUCUUCUUCAGAGUUCAGACCCCAAAGCAAGGAAUUCAAUACACAUUUUCAACACCCUUUGCCUAGUUGCCUUGCCUUGCCUUCCUUCCUUCUUUUAACCCAUUUCGAUCACCAAAUUAAGAAAACUAUUUCCAUUUUGUUGCCCUGCAAUCACAAUUCACAAACCACAAUAGGUAAUUGCUUGCUUCUUUAUUCCAUUUCACCAAUUUCUACUGGUUUCUCAACUUUAGCUCGAUUGCUUGCUCAUGGUUGAGGUUCUGAUGAAAACCUUAUUUGUUUCCAUACCUCUGUACAGAAACUAUAUCAUUUUCUUGAAUCUCUCUUUUCUCUUAGUGGCUUCUACUAUCUUGGUUAUAUACAAUUCCCACUCUUCACAAAUUCUAGUUCUACGCAUUCACAGCAAUAAUAAUGAGCAAGACUGCGACAGUUUUCUUGGUAUAGGUGACUAUGAGGAAAAGUGCCUGUACCUUAAAUCCGAAAACCCAUGUGUCUCCCAAGGCUAUUUUGAUUAUCUUUACGUCUUCUAUUGCAGUUUUGGCAGUUUCCCCUUUUUGGGUUAUGGCUUUUUGUUGUUCUGGCUUCUGGUUUUGUUCUAUCUACUGGGUAAUACAGCUUCUGAAUACUUUUGUUCUUCACUUGAGAGUCUAUCAAAGCUUUUACAAUUGUCCCCUACAAUUGCUGGGGUAACUCUUCUCUCCCUUGGCAAUGGAGCCCCUGAUGUCUUCUCCAGUUUUGUUUCAUUUAUGGGUAGUGGUGGGACGAACAUUGAUGUUGGUCUCAACACAGUUCUGGGAGGUGCCUCCUUUAUAUCCUGUGUUGUGGUUGGAAUCAUAAGCAUUUCAAUUCGCAAAAGGCUUGUUCGAGUUGACAAAUCUGACUUCGUGAGAGACACCUGCUUCUACCUUUUGGUUAUCGUGUGCUUGGUUCUGAUCUUGAUUCAGAAAGAAAUAGAUGUGUGGGCUGCCGUGGCUUUCUCUUCACUUUAUAUUGUUUAUGUGAUUGGGGUUUACGUAUCACAUACGCAUAGGCGGAAUUCUGGUAAAACAAGUGAAUCACACAGUAAUUUGAGCAACGGUAGUCAUGACUUGACAGUACCAAUCAUGACUAGCAUGGAGAGGGAUGAAAAUGAAGAGCUUAGUGCUGCAGAGGAAGGAGCUGUAGAACACGUUUCUGCCGUAGAAGAAGUCAAGAAAGGCUGCUUUCAACUCCCCCGACCAUCAGAUUCGUGUCAAAUGUUUAUCUUCAUACUUGAGUUGCCUCUUUAUAUUCCUAGGAGAUUGACAAUUCCUGUUGUUUGUGAAGAUAGAUGGUCUAAACCAUAUGCAGUUGCUUCUGUGACACUAGCACCAGUGCUGUUGUCAUCCCUUUGGAACCAUCAGUAUGCAAACGCUACCUUCGAGACUAGCCUUUGGAUCUAUGUGAUUGGAUCGAUUAUUGGACUAGUUUUCGGGUUUGUUGCAUGUUUGACAACAGACAAGUCAAGCCCACCAAAGAAAUGCUUAUUUCCUUGGCUUGCUGCUGGCUUCUUGAUGAGUGUUACUUGGAGUUACAUUAUAGCUCAGGAACUUGUGGCCUUGUUAGUCUCAAUAGGGUACAUAUUAGGUGUUAGUCCUUCAAUAUUAGGACUAACAGUCCUUGCUUGGGGUAAUUCACUUGGGGAUUUGAUAACCAAUUCGACCAUGGCUUUGAAGGGAGGACCAGAGGGAGCACAGAUUGCCUUUUCUGCCUGUUAUGCUGGUCCUAUCUUCAACACUCUCUUUGGAUUGGGGCUAUCAUUUGUUGGCUGUUCUUGGUCAAAAUACCCUUCAGCUGUUGUUAUUAAUGGAGAUCCAUACCUGUUGGAGACGUUGGGUUUGUUGGCAGGAGGCUUGCUAUGGGCACUUGUGGUGUUGCCAAGGAGAGAUAUGGCCCUUGAUGGGGUCUUGGGGUGCGGUCUUUUAGUUAUAUACACCAUUUCUCUGUCUUUGAGGUUAAUUCAAACACUUGGGUCUCUCCAGCUACAAACAGUCAUAGCAUGACUGAAUUGUAAUAAGGUAGUACAUACAAUUAAGCUUUGUGUAGUGUGUUUGACUAGCUUAAAUCUGUAAUUAGCUGUAAAAAAGGAGCAUGUAUCUUCAGGAAAAUAUGAAGUUGUUUCCUCAAAUUUCAGAGAGAAAGGAGGGAAUUCAGUGAAGCUUAGGCCUUACCCUCAACGCAGAUGGUAUACUUGACUGCAGAUAGUAUGCUUUUGCACUGGUUAACAAAGUUUUUGUUGAGAAGACAUUUGUUAACAAAGUUGGAGUCGGUAGUGUUUGCCUAUUUGAGUUUCUGAAAGACAAAUUGAUUAUUCACAUUGUGAAGAAGUGAAGUUAUUAACAGAACGAUUUAUGAAGUUUGAGCUUGUUUUGUAGCUG